UCCCUAUAGACCCAGCCACGCUCCCGCUGACUUGACUUACGAAGAACAGCACGGAAGACGAAGGAUAGGGAGUAGGAAAGGACGAUGGAGGAGGGCAGAGGCAGAGCGGUGGUCGAUUCUGUAAGAGAAAGAGAGAUAGAGAGACACGGUGUAGCAUGCAGAACAAGUGUGGAGUGGUUAGUGAUUGACUGACUGAUCGGUCGAUCGGCAGAUUGAUCGUAGGAGUAGCGACUUCGAGGAGGCCGGGCGGGAGGAUGACUGCCUCUGUGGAUGUUCAAAAAGAAGGGGAGAGGAUUUUGGCUGCAACAAGGCGACCUGACGGCACUCUGCGCAAGCCUGUGCGUAUUCGUGCAGGUUACACUCCACAGGAUGAGGUUGCGAUUUAUCAAUCCAAGGCCGCAUUGAUGAAGCAGGGAAAGCCCGUUGUGCCACCCGGGUAUGAUCCGGACGAUGCCUCGAAACCCAAGACGAAGGCAGCGAAGAAGAAUGAGAAGAGGAAAGAGAAAAAGCAGCAGGCUACCACCUCUUCUGGGAACAAUGACCCGUCUCUAAACAACGGUGGAGAUGGAUGUGUCCGUGAAGACAAGCUGAUGACAGGACAAUCACAAUCCAAAACAGAGGAUAUGGCCCAUGUUGUACAACAGCUGAAUGCCCUGAAUUUGUCGACUCCGGCAGCAGAUGCGCCUCUUGAGGAUACAGCUGGAAAGAUUGAUUUGGACAAACGAAUAAGGGCUCUUCGGAAGAAGAUCCGCACCACAGAAUCUCUUCAGGCUUCAUCGUCGGGGAAGACAACGCUGACACCAGAACAGAUGGAAAAACUAUCUAAACUGGAUACAUGGAGGAAGGAGUUGCUAGAUAUGGAGGCUCAGUAUGCCGCCUAGCAUGGAGACCUGGGCACCACAGCCCUGUAAUUGGUACACGGCUCAAGACGAAGAUUUUGUGUUCAGUAUUUUGGUAGGCAUAGAGGCAAGGCCCUGCUGCAGAAGCCCAGCCGAUGAAAAUCACAGAUUUGGCAUUGUUAGAUUCCAGUCCUCUAGCUGCUCUAGCUACCCUCUACACACGAAUGUAUUUCGCUCUCCGGAGUUAUCAUGUACGACAGAAUGCUGUCACGAAAUUGUGUGGAGCAUCUUGUUUGCGCACAGGACGGUCAUCCUACAAUACCAUACUUCGUUUCAUCGUCCUAUUGAGUUUCUUUUACCUCACGUUUUCACUAGACCACGCUUUCUGGAUGUCUAUCU